AUGUCGGGGUUUACUAAGUACUUGAAAGACUUGAUCACUAAAAAAAGAACCACCAAAAAUGAAGUGGUUAAUGUGACUCACCGGGUUAGUUCCAUCAUUGCAACAACCGUCGUCCAAAAGAAAGAGAAUUCAGGUGGCUUCACCAUUCCAUGCACUAUUGGAUUGCAUGAUUUUGCACGAGUCCUUUGUGAUAAUGGGGCUAGCAUCAACUUAAUGCCCCUGGCCUUUUACAAGCAAUCAGGAUUAGGUAUGCCUAGGUGUACAAGUAUGAGGUUGCAAAUGGUCGAUCGUUCAAUAAAGCGACCUGUGGGAAUUGUUGAUGAUGUUUUUGUAAAAGUGGGUAAGUUUCUCUUCCCUGUCGACUUUGUUAUCCUAGAUUGUGUUGUUGAUAAAGAGAUCCCUAUCAUCUUGGGUAGACUAUUCCUUGCUACCGGGAGGGCACUCAUGUACUCAGAAUGA